CGCGCGUCCCCGCCCCCGGCAGCGCGCAGGCGCCGGGCCCGCCCCCGCCCGGCACCGCGAACGACGGGCGGCGGCGCGCGCGCCCCUCCCGCGCAGGACGGCGCUGCCCCGGCGGCAUGAGGGGAGAGCGCGGCCGGCUCCGAGCGGUUUGAGUUGAUCUCACUAAACUGCAGCCAUGGUGCAGAAGUACCAGUCCCCUGUGCGGGUGUAUAAACACCCUUUUGAGUUAAUUAUGGCUGCAUAUGAAAGAAGGUUUCCUACGUGCCCUCUGAUCCCCAUGUUUGUGGCCAGUGACACCGUAAACGAGUACAAGAGUGAGGAUGGGGCCAUCCAUGUGAUUGAGCGGCGCUGCAAGCUGGACAUCGAUGCACCCCGGCUGCUGAAAAAGAUUGCAGGAGUGGACUACGUCUACUUUGUCCAGAAGAACUCCCUGAACAGACGAGAAAGAACUCUGCACAUAGAAGCCUACAAUGAAACCUUCUCUAACAGGGUCAUCAUUAAUGAGCACUGCUCCUACACAGUUCAUCCUGACAAUGAAGAUUGGACCUGUUUUGAACAGUCGGCAAGUCUGGAUAUCAAAUCUUUUUUUGGUUUUGAAAGCACAGUGGAAAAGAUUGCCAUGAAGCAAUACACCAGCAAUAUUAAAAAGGGAAAAGAAAUAAUAGAGUACUACCUGAAGCAGCUGGAGGAAGAAGGAAUAACCUUUGUCCCUCGCUGGACUCCUCCUGUUGCAUGUAAAUCAGAGAGCAGCACAUGCCACCCAAGGAGACCAGUGUCACCUGCCAUUAAUAUCCCAGAGUCUGCCACAAAGGAGGGCUUGAGCAACAAGGAGAUCCUCAACACCUCCAGCAGCCCCUCGGAGCCCACCGCAGGAACGCCCGAUGAUAAGUUGGAUGCAGACUACAUCAAGAGGUACCUGGGGGACCUGACCCCCAUGCAGGAGAGCUGCCUCAUCCGCCUGCGGCAGUGGCUCCAGGAGACGCACAAAGGCAAGAUCCCAAAGGAUGAGCACAUUUUAAGAUUCCUGCGUGCCCGGGACUUCAACAUCGACAAAGCAAGAGAGAUCCUUUGCCAGUCGCUGACGUGGCGUAAGCAGCACCAGGUGGAUUAUAUUCUGGACACCUGGAAUCCUCCCCAAGUGCUCCAGGAUUACUAUGCAGGAGGCUGGCAUCACCAUGACAAAGACGGGCGCCCGCUGUACGUGCUGAGGCUGGGCCAGAUGGACACCAAGGGCCUGGUGCGCGCGCUGGGCGAGGAGGCCUUGCUGCGCUACGUUCUUUCAAUAAAUGAGGAAGGGCUGAGGCGUUGUGAGGAGAAUACAAAAGUAUUUGGCAGGCCAAUAAGCUCUUGGACCUGUCUAGUGGAUCUGGAAGGUUUGAACAUGAGGCAUUUAUGGAGACCUGGUGUCAAGGCCUUGCUGAGAAUCAUCGAGGUGGUUGAAGCUAAUUACCCUGAGACCUUGGGUCGUCUGCUUAUCCUAAGAGCACCUCGAGUAUUCCCAGUUCUCUGGACACUGGUUAGUCCAUUCAUUGAUGACAACACCAGAAAGAAAUUCCUUAUUUAUGCUGGAAAUGACUACCAGGGUCCUGGGGGGCUGCUGGAUUACAUCGAUAAAGAAAUUAUCCCUGAUUUCCUUGGUGGAGAGUGCAUGUGUGAAGUACCAGAGGGUGGGCUGGUUCCCAAGUCCCUCUACCGGACAGCAGAAGAGUUGGAAAAUGAAGACAUCAAACUUUGGACUGAAACAAUCUACCAGUCUGCAAGUGUCUUCAAAGGAGCUCCCCACGAGGUCCUCAUCCAGAUCGUGGACGCCUCGUCGGUGAUCACGUGGGAUUUUGACGUGUGCAAGGGCGACAUUGUUUUUAACAUCUUCCAUUCCAAAAGAGCCCCACAGCCUCCCAAAAAGGACUCUCUGGGAGCUCACAGCAUUACAUCUCCUGGUGGGAACAACGUCCAGUUGAUAGACAAAGUCUGGCAGUUGGGGCGUGACUACAGCAUGGUGGAGUCUCCCCUGAUCUGCAAAGAAGGGGAGAGUGUGCAGGGCUCCCAUGUGACCAGGUGGCCUGGCUUCUACAUUUUACAGUGGAAAUUCCACAGCAUGCCUGCCUGUGCUACAACCAACCUGCCUCGUGUGGAUGAUGUGCUGGCAUCUCUACAGGUGUCCUCUCACAAAUGUAAAGUGAUGUACUACACAGAAGUGAUAGGAUCUGAAGAUUUCAGGGGAUCUAUGACCAGCCUUGAAUCAAGCCACAGUGGAUUUUCCCAGCUCAGUGCUGCCACCACCUCCUCUAGCCAGUCCCAUUCCAGCUCCAUGAUUUCCAGGUAGUGCCACAACAGCUGAAAAGCAAAUGGAUGUGAUGGCUGGACCCUCUCCCGUGGCAGCUGACUGCAAUACAGCAUAUUCAACUGGCAAUUGUGCAAAAAAACCCCACCCCAAAAAGCCUUUUAUAGAUAGUAAAGUAGCUGUUUGAAUUUUA